AUGACCCACUCUUGCUGCUCCCCUUGCUGCCAGCCCACCUGCUGCAGGACCACCUGCUGCAGGGCCACCUGCUGCAGGACCACCUGCUGCAGGACCUGCUUCCAACCCACCUGUGUGACCAGCUGCUGCACUACCCCCUGCUGCCAGCCUUGUUGCUGUGUGUCCAGCUGCUGCCAGCCCAGAUGCUGUGAAUCCAGUUGUUGCCAGCCUUGCUGCCAGCCCAGAUGCUGUGAGUCCAGCUGCUGCCAGCCCUGCUGCCACCCCAGCUGCUGCAGCACCUGCUGCCAGCCAGCUUGCUCUGGACCCGUGUACUGCACCAGAAUUUGUUACCACCCCAUGUGUGUCUGUGUGCCUGGCUGUCUGUCCCAGGGCUGUGGAUCCAGCUGCUGUGAGCCCUGCAGCUGUUGA